UGUCACAAACAAAAAAACAGAAAACAACAUUAAUGCAAUCCUGUCUUCUCUAUUCAUACAUAAUCUUUGUAGUUUGAAGCAGAAACUCGUUCAAACAUCACUAUUUACAGACAUGUUUGCGGGGCGGGGGUUGGGGGGUGAGGAAGGGAACUGAACCUCAAGGAUGAAUUCAAACGCCUUGGGACGGUUUUUGGUAAAACAUUUAAAAAAAAAAAAAAAAAAAAGAAGGAAGUCCCUCCCACCAAGUUACUGUUUAAAAUUUCCAAGCAUAACAUGAACGCAGCAUUUAUCGACCUACCUGUUCUUCUGUUCUGUGUAAGUGGUUAUUUUGGUGCCGCCACUGGCUGGUAACCACAUCUUUCACUUCUCGCCGCACUCAUAUGCACUAUUGGAGAGGCUUACAAAAUGAGCACCUUGAAAACUCUUAAAGAACCGUUUGCGGACAGAAUAAGCUCAGAGCCAGUGGAGGACACAGACACCACCACCUUUGUAGCAGAAUUUUCUUUAGAAGCCAAUUAUCCCAUUCAAGUUACUGAUCCUAAUGAUGCUGUAACAUUCCACCUGAGCUCCAUGCCCUCUGGUUACCUGAGCCCCUCCUACAGAAUCAGGCAGCCAGUUAAAGAUACUGAAGGAUGUAGCUGCCCGGCAUCUCCUUCAGCAGAAGACCACCCUAAAGAACUCCAACUACAUUUGAACAGCUCUUGUGAAAAGUUCUGCCAUCCUGCACCUCCACCCAAGAUUAGCGAUCUCCUGAAUGACAAAGAUCUUCUGGACUUACUACGACUCAAACUGGACCCGAACCACUGCAUAGUAAAAAACUGGAAGAACUUUGCAAGCCGCUGGGGGAUGAGUUACGACGAGCUCACGUUGCUGGAGCACCGGACCCAAGGUUCUCUGUCCCACAGCCCAACGCAGGAGUUCCUACUACGUUACAACCAGAAACCUGUCGCAGAACUCACUGAACUGUGCCGCUUUUACAAGCGCAUCGACGUGUUGCGAUUGUUGCAGGCUUGGAUAGAAAAUGAUUGGCCCUCACGCUGGCAACAAAGAAAAUAACAUGGACAGUUUCUCUUUCACAAAUUAUCUGUCUUGCUUCUCUAUUUUGGUUUCAAUCUGAUUUUUCCAUAACAUCUUGGAUACUUUGGACCACAUAAUAUUGUUUGACAACAUUUAAAGAAGUGCAACAAUACAAAAGAAAUCAACAGCUUGAUAUUUUGGGGGGAGAAAUUAUGGAUCCCCAUAUUACAUUUCUGAAUCGUCUCAAAUGUUUACAAUUACAGUAGCUACAGUAAGUACAAAGGUUAAUUCUUCCAAUUGAAGGAAUCGUAAUAGAUGAGGCACAUGCACAGACGGACCCCAAGUGGUGCACAAGCACUAGUCCUUUUCCCCUGGAUGAAAAAAAAUGCCCUCUUUGCUGCUGUUGUGGCCAGGAUGAAUAAAGUUCCCUUCCCUGCCGCAGCCCAUUUAUUCCCCAGAGCUAAUGUAAAAGACAUUGGGAUCGCCCCCAUCUAUUCCCCCACCACGAAGGUCCCUCCCUGUGAACAGAUAUUUUUCCAUGGGUGCACUUUUUCUGUGCCUUAGCACUUGCUCUAUAAAAUCUCUGUGCAUGUGCCUGUAAUAGAUAAUAAUGACUAGUGCUUGUAUGGUAAAUUUUUAAAUGAGCCUGAGUUCAUUCUUGGAUGCCAUAAGACCAUUUGACAUUCAUAUUUCGCAUUCAAAUAAAUGACCACAAUGCUCAAAAUUGUAAAUGGAAUAUGGGGAAUAGAACUGCUUGAAUGUGCAAAAUGAUGCAGUUGAAGCUUUUAACUUCUUUUUUUUUUUUUUUUUUUUU